GGAAACCACGUGGAAAGUCCGUGUCUUCAACGACGUAAAGAAGGGAAAACAAGCUUCCUCCUCCGUUGCCCAAUAUCUAUCUCGCACAACACGCCUAAGCAAAUUCCCGUCUCUCUUUCUCCCUCUCUCUCACAUGAUUUCACAUACCUCCUCCUGUUCCUGUUGAAAGCCCUAGCAAUCGACAUCCUAUUUCGAUUCCAAUCUUCCCGAUCUAAUUCAUCCAUUUUCAGGGAAAUCGCAAGGGUUUUCGAAACGGAGGAUCGACCAUGUCUAUGUUUAAUAAGCUUUUCGGGAAACCUAAGCAGGAAACUAAUGCUUUAACUACUAUAGACAAGUUAAAUGAGACACUGGAAAUGCUAGAGAAGAAGGAGAAAGUACUUCUGAAAAAAGCUGCUGCAGAGGUUGAAAAGGCCAGAGAUUUUACCAGAUCAAAGAACAAAAGGGCUGCUAUACAGUGUUUGAAGAGGAAGAGGUUAUAUGAGCAGCAAAUAGAACAACUUGGAAAUUUCCAACUGCGCCUUCAUGACCAGAUGAUACUGUUAGAAGGUGCAAAGGCUACGACUGAGACUGUAGAUGCAUUGAGAACUGGAGCUGCGGCAAUGAAGGCGAUGCAGAAAGCCACGAAUAUAGAUGAUGUGGACAAGACCAUGGAUGAGAUCAACGAGCAAACUGAGAACAUGAAACAGAUUCAAGAAGCAUUGUCAACUCCAAUUGGUGCUGCAGCUGAUUUUGAUGAGGAUGAACUGGAAGCAGAACUUGAAGAACUUGAAGGUGCUGAAUUGGAGGAACAACUUCUUCAGCCGGCAACAACAGCUCCUGCAGCUCCAGUGCAUGUCCCAGCAGGUCGUCAGCCAGCCCGUCCUGCUCCACAAAAGCGUACAGCUGAGGAGGAUGAACUUGCUGCCUUACAGGCUGAGAUGGCACUUUAGACAGGAUGCAAAAAUUGUUCAAAGAUCGGUCUUCUUGUAUUAUUGUGGGACUCCUUUCACAGAUACAGAUUUCUGUGUGCAUUAAGUGGUGAACUCGCAAUGUAAAUAGAGAUUGCAUAACAAUCACAAAACUUGUAUUCUGUUAUGUGGAUCUUUAAAUUAAGAUUGCGAUCCUUUUGUGUUUUCAAACAUCGUUUCAAAACAUUGAAAACAUCUUUCAAUGUUCUGAAUCUGACUGCUUAGUUAAUCCCAUGUGAUGUCACCAAGUUAAUUGUGUUUAACGAUCUGAGUCGUGCGUACAUUGAAUUCUGUUAAAUCUUGUACCGUAUUGAAGAUAUGUUAAAUCAUUUCGCUCUGUAGGUAGCGUCAGAUUGGUAACUGGUAAGGAAA